AUGAAAAAACGACGCGAACGCGACGGUGAUGCGAGCGGUGAUCGCGGUGGGGACGUCUCGACGUCGACGCGGACGAGCGAUGACGUGGGCGCGCGAUGGAAGGCGAGGGAUGGUGACACGCGGAAAUCGAACGGUGAGAUGAAACGUCGCGGGUCGUCGAGUAAAGCGGCGAAGCGCGCGAAGGUGUUGGCGCACCUGUCGGUGAAGACGUCGGGGCGAGUGACGCCGGCGUUGAAGGGUGGAUUGGCGUUCGGGGACGUGGAUGAGGCGGAUCACUGCGAGACGCCGUUCCGAGCGUACAGAGACGUCGAACCGUUCCUGUUCGCGAUCGCAAAGGCGCUGAAGCGAGAGAAGAAAGAUUUGAGGAUAUACGAUCCCUAUUACUGCGAGGGAUCGAUGGUGGAGCACCUCCGAGCGUUGGGAUUCGAGAGCGUGUACAACAGGAACGAGGAUUUUUACGAAAAGGUUGCGACGAAGACGACGCCAGAUUUCGACGUCCUGGUGACCAAUCCACCGUACUCGGGCGAUCACUUUAAGCGAAUCUUGACGUUUUGUCGAGAUUCGAACAAACCGUGGCUGUUACUCCUGCCGAAUUUCGUGUGCAGGAAGUCGUACUACGAGGAGUGCGUGGGCGAACGCGCGAAACCGCUGUUUCUCAUUCCAGACUCGACGAAACCAUAUAGAUAUUGGGCCCCGGGUCGGAACGAAGACGGUGUUCGAGCCAAGGGUACGACUCCGUUCGAGACGUUUUGGUACAUCGAAUUCUCCGGCACGCUCGAUCCCGAGGCGCAGCGCGCGUGGUGGCUGAAGAAAUACAAGGCGCACUCCACGUGCGACAUUCCGGCGCUCGACGAGGCGCUGCCGCAACAACAGAGGCUACAAAAACGCCCGAAUCCCGCCGUUCGCGCCGCGAUGCGCGCCGAGGGUAAAGUUAUCGACCGUCCGCUCGGUCGCGGGAUCUACUUCGAUCCGGACAAGGCGAAGAAGCAACAGAAGAAGGAACGUUUUUGA